AUGGGUCGCCUAGCCAGAGACAUUGCCGCUGUAGCGGUCAAUGCUAACAAUCUGCCUGAGAAAGACCAGCUUCCAGAGAUCUCGCUGUGGGAUGCGUUUCUGCCAGGGAGGGGCGGCAGUCCGAAGACACAGAAGAAGACCAAGCCAUAUCCCGCCAUCUUACACCAUCCACAUGCACCAAACAUGCUGAGCCUCAAGCUUUCCGGCCGCCCGUUGAUAGCCAUUGCCCCGUACGACGCUGACCAGUACAAGCCAGUUGAGCCGAUGACGUUGAUCGAGCAGCGCGAGUACACCAUGCCGAGCGCGAAGCGUCUGUACAAUGGGAAGAUGGCGCUUGUUGUGCGUAAGCAUGCCGAUGAUGGCGAGGGGGCGAGCGAUGCGAAGGGAGCUGAGAAGGCUAAGGGCGGUGGAGAAGGUGGAAAGAAGGGCGCCAGUGAUGGGAAGAAAGGGGGUGAUGAUGCGAAGAAGGGUGAUGGUAAGAAGGGGGAGAAGCAGGAGGGUGGAGGCAAGGGGAAGGCUGAGAAGAAGGAGGGUGGCGGUGAGAAGGGUGAAGGUGGCGAUGGAAAGAAUGAUCAAGGCGAGGAGUUCACCGAAGAGCAGGACAAAACGAUAUUAGCGAUGAAGGCAGACGGCAAAUCGUGGGCUGAGAUCGGUGCUGCAAUCGGUCGCUCCAAGAGCACUACCACCAGCCGCUGGAAGGAACUCACCAAGGCUGGAGGUGGCGGUGACCAAGGCAAAGGCGAAGCAAAGAACGACAAGGCCAAAGCAGACGGAGGAGACAAGGGCAACGACAAGAAAGGCGACAAGAAAGGCGACAAGAAAGCCGGUGGAGACCAGAAGCCGUCCGUCUCCAAGGCACCCUCCUCCAAAGCCGGCAGCGACGCCCGCUUCACCAAAGGCGAAUGGACGACUUUGAUGGAGGAUGACAUGUUCAGCUUUGGCGAGCUGCAGUGCAUUUCGGAGCUGCUGGUGCAGGACGAGCGCCAUCGCUGGCUGCGUGUUGCGAGCAGGUUUGCGGACAAGACGGGCAGGAAGGUGCAUCCGGAUGAUAUUCGUGACAAGUUCGUGGAGAUGGGGAGGAUGCGAGGAUAG